AACAAUAAGUUGUAAAGCUGUAAAGCAAAAGAGAUUUGUGUUAAAAGAUGAAUAUUAUAAUUUCAAACCUUAUCAAAAGAUAGUCGAGGUUAUUAGACUGUCUAAUAAACCAUUUUUGAAUGACAUCAGUGAGAAAAAAGAUCUUGUUAAUUGGUUUUCGAGUGAAUCUUCAUCAAUCUGGAAGCAAGUUAAAAGUUUAACAGAUGAAUUCAUUCUUCCAUUAAAUUUUACCUCUAACUUAAUCAGCGAAAAACAAGAUGAGGUGGAUGCAGUUUCAGGAUUUUUAGAAAAAGGAAAUAGCUUAGAUAUUAAAAAUGAUUUUUCAAAUUUUCUUACAAAAAAGGACAAGUUCUUUCCACAAGCUAUUUCAAGCAGUAAUAUGACAUUUGAUCCAAACUGGAUUGCCUUAGUUAUCUUUUACAUGAGAGCUUCUUCAUUAAUCCAUUUGGCAUUAAUAGAUCCAAGUCGUUCUAAAACAAAGAGACUAAAUAAAUGUGCACUUCAUCAUGAAUUAGAACUACUGAGAGGAGAUGUUAUUGGAGCAGCUAAACAUCUGUAUAAGUUAAGGUAUCAACACACCAUAAAAGGUGCAGGUAUUGGAAACUUGAAAGAUGUACCUGAAGGCGUAUUACUUGAUACUUUUAUGGUUCCUAAAUAUAAAAAAAAAAGCGACACACAUGGAUAUUUAUCCUUCAGUGAUUCAUUUUUAAAUGAUAACGUUUCGGUUUCUUUACCUCAUAUCAAACACUUUUAUUUUGACCUCGUUGUGAGAGAAAGCAUCAGUCCGAUGAUUGAGCAAAUGACUAUGUUUUACAAUAGCUUAGUUGGGAGCAACUGCGAUGAGACAAUGGUUGAAUCUGGAUGCCAGUGUCCGAAAUUAAUUUUAAGUGAAGAAGUUCGAUUUGCUUAUUCUGAUGAUUGUUAUGGUGAAGUUCAAAAUAGAGCUAUCAAGUGCAGACUUCCUUGCUUAGAUUAUGAUGGAACAAACAAAUAUAUAUGCGUUUUUGGUGCUGCUCUUGAAACUGGUUCGUGGUUUGUAGAAGAAGUGAGUGAAACUGAAAGAUCCGAAAAUCCUGAUCGCUAUAGCAACCGUGUUUAUUGUAAUCCUCCUAAUCAAAAUGAUUGGGAUCAAUGUAUGAUUGUUCAAAAUCUAAACAAAAAUGUGCUGGUGUUAAGUGAAAAAUCAGCCGAUAAACAGAAAAAGCUUAAACUAAAAUCACAAAAGAAACCUCCUCCAAAAUCACGUAUUGGUGCAGGUACUUUAGCAGCUCUAGUCGGUGGUGGUAAAUAAAUCAUUUCUAAAUAGUUUUUCAAAGAAUGUAAUGAAACAAAAAUUAUAUUAAAAUAUGAAAUUGUUUUAAAGA